GACUGCCGUAUAGCCAGAGAGUUUCUGCCCAUCGAGCAGGUCUUCGGAGGGAGAUGGACCGCAAGAGGGGGUUGGAAUGGUUGACAUAAGAGGGAGUUAAAAGAACGAUAUUGGCAUCAUGAUGGAUUUAGACUCGAACUCUUGCACCCGCGGUGACAAUCAUACUUAGCUUACGAGUAUCCCGAAAGCAACAUCCUAACCAAAGAGCAACGUUUCAACAAUGAGAUUCGCCCUACUCGCCACGUCCCUGGCCUCCCUCGCCGGCAUCGUUCUCGCCAAGCCUGAGAAGAUCAGGGGCGUAACCGACCCCGUCUACCACUUGUACCUUCAAGCCUAUCCCAAGGACAAGUCGAUCCCCGUCCUGGGACCUGAGGCAUCGGCGGAGUUCUUCAACAUUGCCGGAACUAUACAGAGCGCCAACUCGAGCUCGUAUCUCAACUUUGGCAGCGAUGCUACGUCGUACAAGACUCUUCAGUUGAGCAACGCCUCCGGCACCAGCGCGUGGGGUCUCGAAGGGGAUACUAUAAUUACCACCCAGAGCAGUAGCUGGGGACGUCAGUUGAACUUCUUGGUGUGUCAGCUGGAUACAAGCUACUGGCAACUCUAUCUUCAAACCGGGAGUGAUGUGCCAACUGGGAGGAACUGCAGCAACUAUCAGACGAUUCAUCUGCCGUGCCUCUGCUAGAUGGGUUCGAUCUGAGAUCGGGUCCGUUACACAGGGAAGAGGAGCUGAACGGGCGAUGUCUAGCUACGUUGCAUGUAGAUAAUCGGUGGUCGUCAGAACUAAAAGUCGCGG